AUAGUAAGGUCUGCACAUUUCUGAUCACCAAGUCAGUCACUCACAACCCCACAAUAACAAGUACCCAACCACCAGUCCUUCUCUUCUUCUCAUAUGUAUACUUCUCCCCUCAAUUAUCCAUUUCUCUUCUUUUCUUCCCAAACCCAUCUUACAUCUUCCAGAACAUUUGUGCCUUUUCUGUCUAUCUCUUUCAAAUCUUCAAGGCCCUUUUUGGUAUUGAAUUUUGGGGAAUUAGGUUUUGAUUGGUGUGUUGAAGAAGAUUAGUGGGUUGAGGAUGAUUUUGCAGUUGUUUUUCACGGUGGCUUUCUCGGCGGUGCCUCUGACUCUGUACGUUCCGCCGCUCCGAAGCUUAAACCCUUUUCUGGAAACGGUGGAGGAUCUGCUGUCGGAAUCCAGAACUUACACCAAUAGGGUCUACCCACGCGUCCGCCAUCUCUGGCUUAGGCUCGUGGAUUGCUUGCUUUGCACCACCACCAGGUAGAUUCCGAUUGUUCCAAUUGUUCCAGAUCAUCAGCAUCGUCAUCACUUCGAAUCACAUCAGUCUGCUUUCAAUCAUAUAUGUAAUAUAUAUGUAUAGAUAUAUCAAAUGAAUCACAGACAGAUUUCAGAUCAUCCCUUUUUGUUUAUUAGUUUUUUGUUCUAGUUGUCUAUUUUGUACAAUUGUACGUUGUAAUUGAGCGAGAAUCUGCACAGGUCAGUUGAUUUCCUCUUCUUUGUUUUAUGGGU